AUGAAGUCCAUCGUCAACUACGCUGCUCGAGGCAUCAUGGCCUUCGCAGCUGUGAUGCCAGCUUUAGCGCAGAACCUCUCCUACGGUGCUGACAACUUCUACCGUAGCGAGGACGUCGCUAUCCAGCUCAUCCACUUCAAGACUGUCUACAACACUACCAUCGUCGGUAAUCUCUUCACUGCCAGGAACGCAAGCCUCAAUGCCAGCUCCCCCGCCAUUGUCGUCGGCCAUCCCAUGGGCGCAGUCAAAGAACAGUCCGCCAACUUGUAUGCCACCAAGCUGGCAGAGCAGGGCUUCAUCACGCUGACCUUCGACCUCCCCUUCUGGGGCAGAAGCGACGGUCCGAAGAACAUCGCAUCCCCCGAUUUCUACACCGAGGCCUACAGCGCCGCAGUCGAUCACCUUGGUACUUACAACUUUGUUGAUCGUGAUCGAAUCGGUGCUCUCGGAAUUUGCGGCAGCGGUAGCUUUAUCAUCAACGCAGCCAAGAUCGACGCUCGCAUCCAGGCCGUCGCUACUGUAUCCAUGUAUGACAUGGGGACUGUCAAUCGUCAGGGUCUUCAAGGAGCCGUAUCGGUCGAACAACGCAGAGCAGUUAUCGCCAACGCAUCACAACGGAGAUGGGCUGAAGCCGACGGAGCUCCGACUGCAAUCACGGGCGGGACUCCGAACGAACUCACAAGCCAGUCUGAUGCCGUCUCUCGUGAGUUCUUCGACUUUUAUCGUACCGUCCGUGGCGAGUUCACCCCCGAAGGCUGGCAGCGCAACCAGACUACUAGCCCUUCGCUCGUCACCAAUGUCAAGUUCCUCAACUUCUACCCUUUCAACGACAUCGAGACCAUCUCCCCUCGCCCACUUCUGAUCAUUUCUGGCGAUCAGUCGCACUCUAGGGAGUUUAGCGAGAAUGCUUAUCGUGCGGCUGGCCAGCCCAAGGAGCUUUACUGGGUGCGUGGGGCUGGCCAUGUUGAUCUCUAUGAUCGUACUGAGAUUAUCCCUUUCUCUAAGCUCAGCGAGUUCUUCCAGGAUAACCUCGUUUAA